AUGCAUCCCUCUUCGCGGAGACCGGCCGCUGCCACCUCCAACCCUGCCAUGCUACUGCUGCUCCUGUGCCUGGGCUGGGCGCCGCCGGGCUGGGGCUGGUCGCGGGGCAGCUCCCGGGGGGCGGCCGGGCUGCGCCCCAACGCCACUAAGACGAUCUCCAUCAUGGGCUUGAUGCCGGUCAACCAGUCCGAGGAGGAGAGCAGGAUCACCCAGGGAGUGCUACCCGCCGUGUCUCUGGCCAUGGAUCAGAUCCGCAACGAGUCCCUGCUCAGCCCCUAUUACCUGGACCUGCUGGUCUACGACACGGAGUGUGACAAUGCAAAAGGACUCAAAGCCUUCUACGAUGCAAUAAAAUUUGGACCUAAUCAUCUGAUGGUUUUUGGUGGUGUAUGUGCAACUGUUACUUCUAUCAUUGCUGAAUCUCUGAAAGGAUGGAAUUUGGUUCAGCUUUCAUUUGCAGCAACAACUCCAGAGUUGGCUGAUAAGAAAAAAUAUCCUUAUUUCUUCCGGACAGUGCCAUCUGAUAAUGCAGUGAAUCCAGCAAUUUUGAAGUUACUCAAACAUUAUCAUUGGAAAAGAGUGGGAACUUUAACCCAGGAUGUACAAAGGUUCUCUGAGGUGAGGAAUAAUCUGACUAAAGUCCUUGAUGGCAAAGACAUCGAGAUUUCAGAUACCGAGAGUUUUUCCGAUGAUCCCUGCACGAGUGUAAAGAAGCUUAAGGGCAAUGACGUUCGGAUAAUCCUUGGCCAGUUUAAUGAGGAAAUGGCUGUGAAAGUUUUCUGCUGUGCUUAUGAUGAAGAAAUGUAUGGCAGCAAAUAUCAGUGGAUUAUUCCAGGGUGGUAUGAAAAUCUUUGGUGGGAAGCCUGGAUUAAUUCUUCACAGUGUCUCAGCAAAAAUCUUCUUGCAGCCAUGGAAGGUUAUAUUGGAGUGGAUUUUGAGCCACUCAGCUCAAAAACGAAUAAGACUAUAUCAGGAAGGACUCCCCAGCAGUAUGAAAAGGAAUACAAUGCCAGACGUGGUGAUGGGCAAUCCAGCAAAUUUCAUGGUUAUGCCUAUGAUGGAAUAUGGGUCAUAGCCAGGACCCUACAGCGGGCAAUGAAUUACCUGAAUUCCACCAACAAGCACCAAAAAAUUGAAGAUUUUAACUACUCAAAUCAAAAACUUGGCAACAUUUUUCUGAAUGCUAUGAAUGAAACCAGGUUCUUUGGAGUAACGGGCGAUGUUGUUUUCAAAAAUGGAGAGAGGAUGGGAACCAUCAAAUUUACACAAUUCCAAGGAGAGCUCUUUAAACAUAAUCCUGCUAACCAAGUUACAAAGGCUCGUUCUUUAAACAGAAAUUGUCUGAUGUAUGGACAUUAUUAUUAA